AUGGGAAAGAAAAAGCAAGUUGCAGAAGAAGAUCUUCUAAUUCCACCACAAGACAAUAGAAUUUGUGGCACAAUAUGCGUCUGUCAAAUGACAUUAAUUCUUUCAUGUGUAGCCGUUGUGUACUUAACAGUUGCUGUCUAUGUCCCAGCAAAUAAAGCAUUCUCGUCGGGCAUUGAAACAGAUCCUGUUAUGUGCAUCACAACAAGAAGUGCAAUGAAAGAAAGUUGUAAUUGGACAACGUGUGGCGAAUGGUGCUUGAGUAAGGGUACUGGUGCAUGUUUGCAAAUAUUCGUUAAUUUACGUCAAAAUGGCAGUUCUCUACAGUUUCAAAACUGUACAAAUUUUGUGAACAAGACUUGUUAUGGGAUAGACACAGAAGUUGCAAAGAACUUUACGUGCAUUAAAGAGGAAUGUAAAAAUCUCACGGGAAUAUUUAAUUGCACGAAAGGCGUGUGUCAUAACAUAACGGAUGUUUUUGAGUGCGAGUUCCAUAAUGUUGAUCCUGUGAUGAAGUGUUCUGGGAGACGAGGGAAAGUAACUUGUAUGGAGAUCAAUGGGCUGUUUAGUUGCAAUAAAGGUGGAUGUGAGAAAAUUAAGGCGCCGUAUAACUGUGAUCGUAGAUGCCGUGACAUCCCAACACGCAAUAAAAAUGUCAUAUUAUUAAGUGGAGAUAAUGUUUUUCUAUCUAAAUGUGUUUAUGCAGUAAAUUCGACAUCUAAGGAAGAAGUUUGGAAUGAUUCCGACAAUAUACUUAUGGCUUCAUGCUUUAAAGCUAAUUAUACUGCCAAUACUGGAAUAAUUGACGCCAUUGAUUGUGUUAAUGGAUCAACAUUAUCAAAUAAAACUAUGCUUGGUGAUUUAUCUAAUUUCACAUACUUAGCAUACUUACAUUAUGCUGAAGCAGAGCUUAAUCGCUCAAUUGCACCAUUUGAUGGAGAUCUUACAAUUUCUAAUGAGUCUAGAUUGAUGAUUAAUCUAGAAGGAUGCGUCAAUACACUACGUGAUGAAUGUAAAGAUUUCUUCCGUGUCUAUGCUAAAGAUGGAUCUGAUCAUAACGCACGUGCCCGAUUUCCAUGUUUCUUUUCACCAAUGGAUGUGGGUCAAGCUGUUCAGAGGUUUGACCUAGAUAUUGAAUAUAAGCAGUUCGUAUUUGCAUUUUUCGUGCCAGUUAUUUUGUUGGUGGUCUCUUGUUUCAUAUUGACAGUUUGUCAAAAGUCAAUCGUGGUUGGUGACGAUUCGAAAAUGAGGUUUAAAUGCCUCACAAACGAGGACACUGGGAAGCUUAAUCCACAUAAUGAGGAAAAUACUGAUGCACUCUGA